AUGCUACCAUGUGCACUCGCAGGACACGGAGAGGAACCUCGCAGCAUCGACCGACACUGGAGCCAGCCCACCCACAAGCCCCCAGGUCUGUUUCUACCAAGGACCAAGUCCGUGACGAUCGACCAACUGCCAUUUGCUGUCGACACCAGCAGCCAGUGGUUUCGAGGGCAAUUCAACGGUCGUGACGUCAUUCUCAAGUCGAUUCGCACGACCGACCCUUCCGUGUGGACCGACCUCCGUCUGCAUUCCAGCUUUAAGUCGCCGUACGUCAUUGAGCUCCUGGACGGGAUCAUCGAUGCAACGACCGCGAGCGUACAGCUCAUCUUCGAGUCCAUGGAGGGCACCCUUCGAAGCGCACUCGACUCGAGCUUGCUCGACGAGCGCAAGAAAAUACAAGUGGCGCUCGACAUCGCACAUGGCCUCGCCUACGUGCACGGCCAAUCGCUCGUCCACUGCAACCUCAAGCCCGGAAACGUCUUUGUCGACCAUUUCGGCCGCGCCAAGCUCGCCGACUUGGACUUGUGUUGCGACCCAAAGCACGUGCGCAAGACCAUCGGCACACCGCAGUACAUGGCACCCGAGCUCACGGCGUUCGACAGCACGACCGAGGUUUCAUUUCCCGUCGAUGUCUACGCCUUUGGCGUUCUCCUCGCGGAGCUGAAUACGGGCGACGUGCCGUACAGUGACGGCGACUACGUGAGCCAGUUUGCGCUCUGGAAAGACGUCCAGGGUGGUCGUCGCCCUGCACUGCGAGACGACUGCCCCGCGUGGUAUCGGGACCUUGCGAUCGCGUGCAUGGCUGCCGAGCCAAGCGCUCGCCCUACUGUGGCCGAGAUCAUUCUCCGUCUGGAGCCUCAGUUGCAUUAG